AUGCCAAAGGAAGAGGCGAGCGGUAUGAUUUUCACCAUGUUGCAGCUUGGAAACGCUUCUGACAGUAGAGUAGGACCAGCUCCCAGGCUUCAAAAUCAGAGAUUUUUGGGAAUCGAUCGACUUGAGCAAAUCUUCCGUGCAGAUGCAGAGUCUCGAUUGAUGGAACUCUUCCUCUUCCAUUUCAGGCAAACUGGUAGUACGCUCGAACAGAAAUUUCUGGGUACUAAAGCGUACGGAACGAUAGAGCCAGCAAAUCUUGAGGCAAUCUUCUCGACUAGUUUCAAAGAUUUUGGAAUGGGUCCUCGUCGAAACAUCACCUUUCCAAUGUUCGGUGACGGCAUCUUCACCCAAGAGGGAUCUGAGUGGAAGCAGUCUCGCGAUAUCCUCCGCCCGCAAUUGAAAUUCAAGCAAUACGAGAAUCUCGAGGUAUUCCAGCCUGCGGUAGACGAUCUUAUAAGUCUCCUCCAAGCAAGCAACGGAAUCGUUGAUUUGCAACCUCUUUUCUUUCGCUUAACACUCGACACAACGACUGCUUUCUUGUUCGGUGAGUCUGUUCGAAGCUUAGUCACGCCAGAAGCGAUUGAAGAGGAAACGUUUGCCAACGCUUUCAACAGCGCUCAACAGUGGGUGAUGAAGAGGUUUCGACUCCCUGGUCUCUAUUGGCUCGUCGACGGAAGAGAAUUCCGACAGGCCUGUCACGACGUGCACAAGUUUGCCGAUCAGAUCAUUGAUCGUAAUCUUUCCUCUGAGCGCUUUGCAAAUGGAAACUCGGGGAGACAUGUGUUCUUAGAUACUGUAGCAAAGAGCACAUCGGACCGAAAUGCACUUAGAGGUCAGAUAAUCAACCUCUUGGCUGCUGGUAGAGACACGACCGCCUGUCUUCUUUCCUGGACGUUCUUUCUGCUUAUCCGCCACCCAAAAGUUAUGGACAAGUUACGUGCAGAAAUCGCUUCAUCAUGCACAACGGUCAGUUCACUGAACCGAGACAAUCUUAGAAGGAUGCCAUAUUUGAAUAAUGUGCUCAAAGAGACUUUACGACUUUAUCCAUCUGUUCCUGUAAAUACGCGCACCGCAACGCGAACCACAGUUCUCCCAAUAGGCGGAGGGCCAGACAGGAAAUCGCCAGUCCUCAUACCCAAAGGAAGCGCUGUGUCAUUUAGCGUAUACUGCAUGCACCGACGGCCAGAUCUCUACGGAAUGGACGCUGAGCUGUUUCGCCCUGAGAGAUGGGACGAAGAAAUGCCAAUGAACAGCAACCCAACGAAUGCGAAAUGGGGCUUCCUGCCAUUCCACGGGGGUCCUAGGACAUGUCUUGGACUCGACUUCGCGCUCACCGAAGCUGCAUAUGUGAUUGUGCGUUUGUUACAGCGUUUUGCAUCUAUAAAUCUCCCUGAAGGAGAGCUAGUUGAACUGGUAGGUGUGGAAAAACAAAGGAUGGGAGUCGUGAUUUCUAUCAAGGAGGGAUGCAAGGUUUGUAUAAGCUAG